AGCCGUUACGUGUGGAACUUGAUUGCGGUUCCCGCUAGAAGCCAGUUUCAUUGCCCCGCGGAUCUCGGUGUGUCAACGUCAACAGAAGACAAUUGGAAAUCGAGGCUUGCGAGCAGUGAAAUCUGAUUUGAAUUUCAAUCAGUGUCGGGCUUUUGUCAGUUCCGAAAAAUGAAUAAACUUCCCAAUCAGGCGUGGCGUUCCACAGCCUCAGUUUCCAAUCUGCGACGAAAUGUCUCAAAAAUCGGCGGUGCAGCUUCCAAUCGAUGGGAAACCCGCAAAAACUCCACGGGCGUAGCCACUUGUCCACAUCUGGCUGAUUCGGAAGAAACCAGUGCCCCUCGAAUACACUCCACCUCGGAGUGGCAAAACGCCCUGCCCUACAAUCAAAUACCCGGACCGAAACCCAUUCCCAUUCUUGGGAACACCUGGAGAUUGAUGCCAAUAAUUGGUCAAUAUACCAUCUCUGAUGUGGCCAAAAUAUCAUCGCUGUUGCACGAUCGUUAUGGCAGAAUUGUGCGAUUUGGAGGUCUUAUUGGAAGACCCGAUCUUUUGUUCAUCUACGAUGCCGACGAAAUUGAAAAGUGCUAUCGAAGCGAGGGACCCACUCCCUUCCGCCCCUCGAUGCCCAGUUUGGUGAAAUACAAGAGCGUGGUGCGCAAGGAUUUCUUCGGAGAACUCGGCGGCGUAGUCGGAGUCCACGGAGAACCUUGGCGCGAGUUCCGUUCGCGUGUGCAGAAGCCAGUGCUGCAAUUAUCGACAAUUCGGAGGUAUUUACAACCACUGGAAGUAAUUACCGAGGAUUUCCUGGAGCGCUGCGAACAGCUGCUGGACGAAAACCAAGAGCUGCCCGAAGAUUUCGACAACGAGAUUCACAAAUGGUCCUUGGAAUGCAUUGGUCGAGUGGCUUUGGACACUCGGUUGGGCUGUCUGGAAUCGAAUCUGAAGCCGGACUCGGAGCCCCAGCAAAUCAUUGAUGCAGCCAAGUACGCCCUGCGGAAUGUGGCCACUUUGGAGCUAAAAGCUCCCUACUGGCGAUACUUUCCCACGCCUCUUUGGACUCGCUAUGUGAAGAACAUGAACUUCUUUGUGAGCGUUUGCAUGAAAUACAUUCAAAGUGCCACCGAGAGACUGAAAACUCAAGAUCCCAGUCAGCGUGCCGGCGAGCCUUCGCUGGUGGAGAAGGUCAUCCUGUCGGAGAAGGACGAAAAGAUUGCCACAAUAAUGGCUCUUGAUUUGAUUCUAGUCGGAAUAGAUACAAUAUCCAUGGCAGUAUGUUCCAUGCUUUAUCAACUGGCCACUCGACCAGUGGAGCAGCAAAAAGUGCACGAGGAGCUGAAGCGACUGCUUCCGGAUCCCAACACACCGCUCACUAUUCCACUGCUGGAUCAGAUGCACCACUUAAAGGCCUUCAUCAAGGAGGUGUUCCGCAUGUACAGCACGGUGAUCGGAAAUGGACGCACCUUGAUGGAGGACAGUGUCAUCUGUGGUUACCAGGUGCCCAAGGGGGUGCAGGCAGUCUUUCCAACUAUUGUCACCGGUAAUAUGGAGGAGUAUGUGACGGACGCGGCUACCUUCCGACCGGAGAGGUGGUUAAAGCCACAACAUGGAGGAACUCCCGGCAACCUGCAUCCUUUUGCGUCGCUUCCCUACGGUUAUGGAGCACGAAUGUGUUUGGGUCGGCGGUUCGCUGACCUGGAGAUGCAAAUUCUGCUGGCCAAGCUGUUGCGAAACUACAAAUUGGAGUACAACCACAAGCCACUGGAUUAUGCAGUCACUUUCAUGUAUGCGCCGGAUGGACCGCUUCGCUUUAAGAUGACGCGAGUUUAGGUUGUAGAUUUAGGAUUUCGAUUUUAUACACGAUGUUUGUUGAGAGAAAGAGUUGAUUUACGAACAAAUGUUGAUAUUUGUAUACAUAGGAUUAUAACAAACUAA